AGUGGCGGCCGUGCGGCCCAACCUGGAUGGCAUGAAGGCCGUCUAAAGAGGGCCACUGGAAUCCUCACUUCGUGGGGUAAGACCUUGCGUUGGAAGGAUGUGUUGGAUGGUUUGGAAGAUUUGGUCAAGAGCAGUCCAGCCCAAUGUCUUCACCUUUGGCGCUGCUAUUGCUGCCUGUGUGAGGGCAUCAUUUUGGUCCCAAGCUUUGCACGUGUCUCUAACUCUACGGCAGGAAGGUGUUGAGCCGAGUAUCAUCAGUGCUACGUCUGCUGUCAGUGCACGUGAAAAAAACAAGAAUUGGCCAAGUGCAGUACAAGCUUUGGUGGACAUACGUGGGAGCCAAUUGGAACCCAAUGUCGUGGGAUUCGGUGCAGUUGCAUCCACGUGCGAAAAGGCUUGUGGUGAAUGGUUGCAAGGCUUCGAGCUGAUCUCGCAGCUCAGAAGGGAUGGCAUCAAGCCGAGUCUGGUUCUCCUGAAUGCUGCCAGCUCUGCUUGCGAGAAGGCUUGUGCACAGAUGUCUGGCUCGGCUGCGAGGACCUGGCAGUUGAGCCUUUCCCUUCUUCUCCUUGCUCCAUCUUUGGAGCUCGAGCCUGACACCAUCGGAUACAGUGCUGCAAUCGGCGCCUGUGAAAAAGUGGCAUGGGAACAGGCUCUUGAGGUCCUCCAAGCAAUGAGGCGACAAGAAAUUUUACCAAGUACCAUCAGCUUCAAUGCUGCAAUUAGCGCUUGUGCGUUUGGACACAACUGGGAACUGGCGCUUUGCUUGUCGGAUGACAUGCAACUCCUUUACGGGUUGAAACCUGACGUGAUUGCCUACAGUUCCUUGAUCAGUGCCUGUGAAAAGGGCCGGCAGUGGCAACUCACCCUGGUCCUGCUCAAUGAGCUGUCCUGGGGCGAAGUGAAGAGCGAGGAGAUGCAGCCGGAUUUGAUUUUGUGCAAUGCGGCGAUCAGUGCAUGUGAGAAGGGCCAGAAAUGGGAAGAGGCCUUGUGGUUGCUUUGGGCCUUAGGGAGCUACGGCCCGCCUCCGGAUGACUUCAGCUACUGCUCAGCGAUCAAUGCUUGCGGAGAAGUCAAUCAAUGGCAGUGGGCAUUGUGGCUCUAUGAUCAGGGAGAUGCAGGACACCUCCUGCAGCUACAAUCGACCGCAGCAACCAUUGCGGCACUGUGUCGCAGCAAGAGCUGGGAGGUGGCUUUGGCACUGGCCAAGCGGAAAGAAGGUGCAGUGCAGGCGGGCAAGCUGGCCGAGAUUGCGGAUGCUGCCAGUGACAAAGUGUGCUUUCCAGAGAUGAUGCAGGAGGCGCAAGCUUCUUUGAUUCAACAAUUUCGCUACGUGCAGUUGGAAAAGAUCUUCUGCGCGAUUUAA